UCUGUGAAAAUGUCUGUUAAGAACUCACCUGUGAUUAACAGAUUAGGAAUAACAGCUCCCUCUUAUGAAAAACUCAUGAGGUUUAAUUUGCAAAAUUUAAGAAAAAGAAGGAGUAGUAAAUCAAAGCCACCAUUUUCAAUCACAACAAAAUUCAUCUUGAGAUUCAAUGGAACAAAAAAUCCAAAAGAGAAGGAAAAAUUAUUGGAACUAGCUAGAAAGGCCGUUAUCAGAUAUAAGAGAAAACUGGGUCUCAGAACCUUGAGCACCGGGAAGCAUGUCCAUCUCCCUGCUGCGUGGGUUGAAGUAUCUUAUCUGGCUCAGUGCAAAGGAGAAAUCCAAGAUGAAGCUUUAAAUAUGCUUUAUAGUUCCUUGGACCAUGCUUUCUUUGGUUGUGAUCAUCUACCUGCCUUAUUUUUUCUUGCGGAAUCAGUUUUAUAUAGACUCUGUUGUGAUGCAUUCCUAAAGACAUACUUAUAUUCAGUUGAAAUAAAGCUGGCAAAGAUUGCCUAUUUGAUCUUCUUAAGACUUUUUAUAUAUUUCCUGCAUGGUCACCUAGAAAGUUUUAAACAACAUUUACUUAGACUUCAACCUUAUUUAUAUGCACUUUAUUUCUCUGAAGAAUCAUAUUACAAUUAUCCAAACAUUUUUUCAAAUAUACAAUUUGUUCUGAAAACCAUGGAAAUUAUAUGUACAAGAGAAUUAUCUGAAUCAGUUUUUAGCCCUGUGGAAAACAAUAUGCAACAUAAGAACAUAGAUUCUGAUACGGAAGGGUAUGAAGUAAACACCCUGCUCUGGCACUGCGUUGCUGCUUGGGCCUGUGUUCAGAAGGAUAGUCCUCAGUUGAAUAAGGUGCUUGAACAUGUCACCUUUCUUAAAACACAGCUUCAGAAGAAAUGCUGGAUGGAUUCAGCACUGGCUUUGUUGGUCCUUGGGGAGGCUGCCAAACUAAACAUGGCCUGCUUGAAAACUUUAAUGGACCUAAUGAGAGAUUUUCUUUUGAGCGUUAUGACUGUUCAGAAUCAGAAAGAAAACGGCAAGGUUGAUGAUUUUUCCUGGGCCUGGAAUAUAGUCUACUCAUAUAUAACAAUUCUUACAGAAAUCUGCAUGUAUGCCACCAUUUCUAAUUUGCGAAAAGCUGCUUUUGUUGGUUUCUGUGGCUGUAAAAGUUCAAAAACAUGUAUUUUACCCAUGGACAAAUCAGAAGAACAGCCAGAACUGAGGGAAACAAGUAUUUUAGGUCUUUUGAACUAUUUCUCUUCAAAAAUGUCAGAUAAUUGUGAUAAAGUGGUAUGGACUGGAUACUAUGGCCUAGUGUAUAACCUGGUGAAAAUGUUAUGGGAACUUCGGGGAGAUGAAGAACAAGAUGGACUUAGAACCCAAAUAUGGCAAACAUUACAAAAAACUAAGGAGCAUGAAAAAGAUGAGCGGAUCCAGAAUGCAAUAAAUAUAGCUCAGGCUGAGUUAAAUGACCCCAUAGAUCCUUUCACUCGUUACAGUAAAAAAGUUUCAUCAAAUAUAGGGGACGAAAUUUUCUCCAAGUAUAUAGGAUGGAGAAUUGCCAAUGCACUUUCCAAACUAUUCUUACCCUCCACCGAUGCCUGUAUUCUUCCUUUGCAAAAAACAUUGAUAAAACAGGAUCAAAUGAAAUAUCUGAAUAAAAACCAAGAUUCUAUGAAGAAGAAAGUUCUACAUUUUACUGUAAGGGAACAUCCUUCUGUUGCAGAACUCCUCAUGUUUCCAUAUCCAGAUUUCCUCACCAAGGCAGAUGAAGAAUUGGCAAGAAUCAUUAACCAUCAUUGGCAGAAAGAGCAAAAGAACCGACAGAAAAAAGAUGCAAUAUUUGAGGCCGAAGAACGUGCAGACAAAGAGUUAGAGGAAAAAAAGCACUUCAAGGAGAUUAUGAAGAAAAGAGAAGAGAAACUACACAAGCAUACCAAACCUUAUGAACUUCCUCCUAGGCCUGAAGACAUUUCCGUAGAAAAGAAAACGACCUCCCCAAAAUUGAGUCCCAUAUGCCAGAAAUUCAUUGCAUAA